UAAAUUUCCGGUGGCAUGUGCAUAUCCCCAGCCAUCACAAGUAGAAACAAUCACCUGACGUGCGUGCUAGCAGCGUACUCGUGCCGCAUCGAAAUCAACCAGUGCAUCAAGCUCCGAACAUUACACCAAGUUUAGGUCUCUGGGGAUUGUUGCAUUGUCGAACAUCCAGAGCACCAACUAAGUCACAGCGAUGACAAAACUGAUCUGCAUAGGUGCAUGCUACCUCGACACAAUACUGAGCGUCCCCUUUUUCCCAAAAGAAGAUUUGAAACUACGAGCGACGAGUCUCAGCGUGCGACGAGGGGGCAACUGCCCCAAUAGCCUGGAAGUUCUACAGCAGCUCCUAGCCCAACAGCCGAAUCACAACGUGCAGCCUUUCCUGGUGUCCUGUCUACCCUCGGAAGCAGCGCCGGCGACGGCCAGGAUCCUAUCGUCGUUUGGGCCCCGAUCCAUCGUUGACUUUUCGAGGUGCAUCUUUCGCAGCCAGCACAGCGAUGCCGCCAGCAGUUACAUCAUCCGCAGCGAGGCCAGCGGGACCCGCACGCUCGUCAACUACAACGACCUACCGGAGAUGACGGUGAACGAAUUCGUCGACUUGGCUAGCGGUUUGGUGGUGGACGGCGAUGAUGGUGAUGAUACGUGGUGGCACUUUGAGGGGCGGAUUCCGGAGACGACGCUAAUGUGCAUCCAACAUCUACGACUUUAUUACCCGGCAUGCAAGAUCAGUGUCGAGGUCGAAACGCCGGGGCGCGAGGGACUGGAACAAUUGGCAGCAGAAGCGGACGUGGUCUUUUAUUCCAAGACAUGGGCUGAGCGUAAAGGCUACCGCAACGCUGCGGAAUGCCUGAUUGUUCAAUCCGAAGUGACCCAUAAAGCGUCUCUCCUCCUAGUAACGUGGGGAUCGGAUGGUGCUUCAGCGCUUUCACUUCCUAGCCGGCACUUGGUGUCUUGUCCUGCUCUACUCCCAGGACAGGUUAUCAAUGUAAUUGACACGGUGGGCGCGGGCGACACCUUCAUCGGCAGUGUGCUGUUUGGGCUGUUGUGUCACCAGCAUGACUGGGAUACAGAGGCCAGAGUCAAAUUUGGGGUGCAGCUUGCUACAUGCAAGGUUCAACGAGAGGGAUUCGAUGGCGUCGGAGCAUGUGCGAUGGGUCUAGACGAGGGCGAAAACUCGGUAUAUCAGAAAUGACAACCACCUCUGGACGGGUUGCAGCGGUGUUUGGUCGUGUGAUAGGCAGGCAGGCAGGCUACUCCGUUGCUAGUUGCUUGCCAGCUUGCACAGUCGCGCCAGGAUAGGCGCAGUAUGAUUGCUUUGCGGAUAUUCGUCGACUCGAUACCAUGGUGACUGACUGACACGAAGCCCAACCGUGAAGUGGGAAGA